AUGCACAAGCUGCACGCACAGAAAGUACCCUUCCCGGGCUUGGAGGGGGAGGUGCUGAGGUACAGCUCUACUGUGGUCGUGCGGCCUGCGCAGAGGGAGGCGGGAGCUGGAGAGCCGGGGGUAGUGCUUAUCAUGCGGUGGAUGGACGCCGCCGAUGCCCAUGCAGCAAAGUACAUGUCUGCAUAUACACAGCUCUAUCCAGGUAGCACGCAAGUUGUUGUCUCCUCCCCCCAGAAGCUGUUGUGGCUGGGCGAGGCGUACAGGGAGCAGGAGAUGGGCGUCGUUCAGCAGGUUUUGGAGGAGCAGGGGGUGCUUGGAAGGGGGCAGCAGGGGGAAGGGAAGGGGCUGUUGUUGCAUGUCUUUUCGAAUGGAGGGUGCUUGACACUUAUCUCCCUCUGCAAGCGGAUCCUCGCAUACCGUGCCCUCCCCACCUCCCCCUCCACCGCCGCCGACGACCCCGCCCCGCCCCAGCCUGCCCUACCCGCCAAAGCGAUCAUCUACGAUUCCUGCCCCGCGCCCAUCACCCUCCCCGGUGGUGCAACGGCGUUUAGCAUGAUCUUCCCCCCACCUGUGCGGGGGAUUGCGUGGUACGCGAUCUACGGCUUGUUACUCCUUGUUCGGGGCGUGAACGGGUUGCUCGGAUACCCGGAUUCUGUAGGUCGGAUGAGGGAGGAACUCCUUUCCCCCCUGUUGUUGCCUGAUGAGGCGCAGAGGGUGUAUGUCUACGGGACGGGGGAUAGGAUUGUACCGUUUGAGGAGGUGGAGGAGAUGGUGGAGCUGGAGAGGAGGAGGGGGAGGAAGGUGCGGCAAGAGAGGUUUGAGGGGAGUGGGCAUGUACUGCAUGUGAGGAGUGAGCCGGGGAGGUAUUGGGAGUGUGUGAAGAGGGUGUGGGAGGAGGCUCAGGUGUAAUUGAUCACUAGUACUUGUUUGGUGCUAAACAUGUUGUC